AUGGCUGGCGCGUCUGAGAGGGAGGGCAGGUUGAACGGGGCUGGCGGCGGCGGGUCGACGGGGGUAAACAAGGCAGGGAUCAGCGUGGGAAGGACGAGGGUGGGGAAGUACGAGUUGGGCAGGACGCUGGGAGAGGGCACCUUCGCGAAGGUGAAGUUUGCUCGGAACCUGGAGACGGGAGAGAACGUCGCCAUCAAGAUACUCGACAAGGAAAAGAUCCUCAAGCACAAGAUGAUUAGCCAGGUCUCUCUCUCCCUUUCUCUCUAGUCUCCUCCUCCUCCAGUAAAUAACGUUCCUGGUCUCUUCUUCUCCGCUCUCCCUUCUCAAUCAUUAAUUUCUAACCCAGAUGCUUGAAUUCUACGAUGGGUAAUCCUCUGUUUGGAGUGGAGAAAGAGGGGAAAGGCUACCCAUUUCUUCAGUUUCUCAUGCCGGUUUUGGGAUCAUGAUUCCUUAAUUAGCCUCCUUUCCCCUCUAAUGAUUCUGGACAAUGCUGGGCACCUGUUUUUAAGUUUGGCUAUUGAGCGGUUGCAAAAGCCCCCCUUGGAGGAGUUAGAUACCGAGUUUCCCAUAGACGAACAGGAACGUGCUUGAUAUAACUCUUCUAAUCGAAGGCAUAUCCACUAACUGAAGAGCUAACCACGAAUGAAAUCCCAUCCUUCCGGAAGACGGGGCCUCCUUGGAUCUUCGAAUCCGGCUUGGAGACGGUUCACCUGAUUGGAAUUUCUCUUAAUAUUAUUUCAUAUUUACCAUUUCUCCAGACUUCUGCCCUCUCGAAACCUCUGAUAAUUACAUUCUUUUCUCCUUGGUUUCUAAUCUCUAUUCUGCUAGGGUCUUGUUUGAGUUCUUCUUCAUGCUGUCAUGAGUUCUGCAUCUGCUGUGCCCUGCAGAUCAAACGUGAGAUCUCAACCAUGAAGCUGAUUGAGCACCCAAACGUCAUCCGGAUGUUCGAGGUGGGGGGUCUGGGCUCUCGCCUAUUUGGGACUAAUACCGAGAAGAAAACAGUUUUUCGAUUUUAUCACGACGCUUAUUCAUUGGGCAAUUCGACUUCCGUUGUCGUAGGUGAUGGCCAGCAAGACGAAGAUAUAUCUCGUUCUGGAAUUUGUGACCGGGGGUGAGCUGUUCGACAAGAUCGUAAGCUCGGAACCCGCCCCCAAUCUGGGUUCUUAAAGGUUGAGCUGCUUUCCCGGAUUUGUGAGCCGAUUCUUUUCCCUCUCUCCUGAAUCUUGAAGGUCUGCCAUGGGAGGCUCAAGGAGGACGAAGCCAGGAAAUACUUCCAGCAGCUCAUCAAUGCCGUGGAUUACUGUCACAGCCGAGGGGUAUUCCACAGGGAUCUGAAGGUAGAAUCAAUCGCCGUCUGUUCGAUCUCCUUGAUCGCCGUCUGGAUUUCUGAUUUGGUUUGCUCGACCCAGCCGGAGAAUCUGCUGCUGGAUUCAAAUGGGUUUCUCAAAGUCACCGACUUUGGGCUGAGCGCGCUCCCUCAGCAGGUCCGGGUGAGUCCGAUCUCGUCGCCGCGCCGCCCAAUCAUUCAUUCAUUCAUUCAGUCAAUCAUUCGGGUUCUCCGAUCUCGUCGUCCGAGCACGCGCAGUUCUUUCUUUUAUUCGAAUCUUUCUAUAAAAAAAUAUCCUAUUUUAAUUUUCACUGCAGGAGGACGGCCUGCUCCACACCACCUGUGGGACCCCGAACUACGUUGCCCCAGAGGUAUGUCGGAUUAUCGUCGGCCAUUUCGCGUGUUUAUCAUCGUCCCAGCUCUCUGAUCUUCUGUGGGGUGAGUCUCCUCCGAAGGUGAUAAACAGCAAAGGGUAUGAUGGGGCCAAGGCGGAUCUCUGGUCUUGCGGGGUCAUCCUCUUCGUCCUCAUGGCCGGGUAUCUGCCCUUCGAGGACUCCAACCUGGCCUCCCUCUAUAAGAAGGUGGGGUGCAUUUCUCGGAAGAACCAGUGGCACCAGCAUCCCCCUCACCCCCUCUCCUCGGUUCUCUAAUCCAUUCGCUCGUGGCAGAUCCACAAGGCGGAGUUCAGCUGCCCUUCUUGGCUCUCUUCGGGCGCGAAGAAACUGAUAAAGAGGAUCUUGGAUCCCAAUCCCGUAAACGUAAGAUAAAACGUUGAUCAGAAUCAGAUGUUUCCUCCACUUUACUGCAUGAUUUUGAGUCCCUGUCACGAAUGUUUACGCCUGCGUUUGGUUCGAUUGGAACCUUUGCAGCGCAUCACGAUCGCAGAGGUCAUCGAGAACGAGUGGUUCAAGAAGGGCUACCAGCCACCCAGGUUUGGCACGACGGACGUCUCCCUCGACGACGUCCAGGCAAUCUUCGACGACUCCAUGGUAACUAAGAUUGCCCUCGUUUCUUCGUCACCAUCAUCAUCUUCCUCUUCUUCUUCCUCUCUCUCCGGCUACUAAGAAAACUCCAUGCGAAGGCGCCGGCGAACCUCGUCGUGGAGAAGAAAGAAGUAGGCCCGGUCUUGAUGAACGCCUUCGAGCUCAUCUCCACCUCUCAGGGCCUUAACCUCAGCUCCCUGUUCGAGAAGCAGAUGGUAAGCGCUCUCCCACCCACCCCCAUUCCGAAUCUAACGACCCAUUUUACCAAAAAAAAAAAAAAAAGAAGACUCUUGGGGUCGGUUCGUCUGAUGAACAAGAACGAGCAUACCAUGGCGCAUAAUAUGCAGAUAUAUACGAAUAAUAUGUCAGCAGGGGCUUGUGAAACGCGAGACGAGGUUCGCAUCGAAACACUCUGCGGGGGAUAUAAUUUCCAAGAUCGAGGAGGUGGCGAAGCCAUUAGGGUUCAACGUGCAGAAGCAGAACUACAAGGUGGCUGUUCCUCUUCCCCUUUUUCCUCCUUUGCCAUUUUCUUCUUCCCGAGCGAGUUAAAGUGACGGAGGAGACGACGUGUUUGGGCUGUGCCUCAGCUGAAGCUGCAAGGGGAGAAGACGGGAAGGAAGGGUCACCUGUCCAUCGCCACGGAGGUAGCCGGAUGGAAUUCUUCUUGGAAUGGCACCACGUAGCUAACUAAGCUCCGCAGGCUCUGCCGAUCUGCCUGGCCAUUAACUUCAUCUGCCUGUCCCCCGCAGAUCUUCGAGGUGGCCCCUUCGCUGCACAUGGUGGAGCUCCGCAAGUCAACAGGCGACACCCUCGAGUUCCACAAGGUCUGGCGUGAGGGUUUCUCGCCUUCCUCUCGACCUUUUUCACUCUCCCAUUUGAUUCCUCCUCCAUCGAGCGCUGAGCGAUCGCGAUCCCGACCGACCUUCCUCAGGUUUACAAGAACAUCUCCAGCGGGCUGAAAGACAUCGUCUGGCAGACCGGCGACAAGAAGGACGAAGCCGGGGACUGA